AUGGAGGGCCUGGGCCUGGGCCUGGGCCGCUGCUCCCCGCGCUCGCCUCUGCGGGGGUCCCGUCGGGAAGCGGGGUGCCCCGACUCGCCCCGGGAGAGCCGCAGCCUGACCCACGUGGCCGCGAGGGCCCCCGCCCGCGCCAGGAGGCCCCGGCCCCCGCCCACGCCCCGCCUGCAGCCCCGGGGGCCCCCGCAGCUCACCCCGGCCCUGGGAGACCCGCCCCCGCCCCUGCCCCCACCCGCCGGGAGCCUCGGGGCGCAGCGGGCGCAGAGCGGGGACCCGUGGGCGGGGCGCGCGGGGGGCGCGGGGCACUGGUCCCCGGGGCCCCGCGCAGACCCCCCGAGUGCGCAGAGCCUGCGGGACCCGCUGCAGGAGGCCGCGGCGCGGCCCGGGGACCAGAGGGCGGCGGUGGUGCUGGCGCGGCUGCAGAGGGCCCGGCGCGUGCGGGAGCUGCAGCGGCAGGCGGCCCGGGAGGAGCUCCAGUGCUCGGGCCACAGGGUGCAGGCGACCCUGGGCCGCCAGCGCGGGCGGCUGCUGCAGGAGAGCCCGGAGAGCCCGGAGAGCCGGGAGAGCCAGGCGCAGUGGCCGCAGCAGGAGCCGCGGGGCCGCGGGCGGACCGGCCAGCCCAGGGGCAGCGCCAGGCCCGGGCACCCCGGGGGAGCCCCCACCGCAGAGGCGCAGCCCGCACCCGGGUCGCAGAGCCUCGAGCCGCCACCACAGGAGCCCCCUGGGGCGGUGCAGGGCCCGCGGGAGCAGGACGGGCCGCAGGACGGGGAGCAGGCCCGUCCGGGGAAGCUGCCCGCCCCCGAGACCCAGGCCAGGGCCCGGGAGACCAGCCUCAGCUCGCUGGUCAACCACCAGGCGCAGAGGGUCCUCCUGGACUGCCAGGCCAAGGCCGAGGAGCUGCUGAGGAAGCUGUCCCUGGAGCAGAGCUGCCCACGGCCCCUCGACAGCCAGCACGAGCCGAGGACCGGGCCACAGAGGCCACAGAGGCCGCAGGAGCAGCUCAGGCAGGUGCAGCCGCUCGCAGGAGCCACCGAGGUGCAGACGCAGGCGCACCAGCGGCUGCUGGCCCAGCUGGCUGAGCUGGAGAGGUGGCUGCCCAGGAGUCCAGAGCACAGGAGCGCCAGGGACAAGGGGCAGCACAGCCCCGAGCUGAGCGUCCCGCGGGAGGAGCUCUGUCACAUCCUGAGGCUGACAGCCAAGAAGGAGGAGAAGGGCCACGUGGAGGGCAUCAAGGAGGCUGUCAGGAGGAAGGAGCAGAGGCUGGAGCAGAUCUCCCAGGAGAGCGACACCACCUUCCAGGAGUUCCAGAAGCUGUCCUGGGCCUCGAGGAGGGACCAGGCCCGCGCGCUGGCCACCAGCCUCCUGGAGCACAGGCCGCUCAAGGGCCCGCGUGGGGCAGGGCCACAGGGGUGCUGA